CGUUUUCUCACUGUCUUCUGGUCUCUCUCUAUCUGUCCCGCCCUCCUUCUCGUCCUCUGGGGCGAGAACCUUCACUCUUUGCUUGUCUAUGGAUCUUGGAGCCGGUGCUGGUAUCCUACCCGCGUUUGGGCUCUUCGCCUUGUCCAGCAGCGCCUUUGCCGCUAACGCGUCUGCGCGCGUCUUCGACCUCAGGACCCGGUCGGACGAGACCGCCAUUGCCUCGAGACCCGACAACACAGGCAUGGACACAUUGUGCACGGCCAGCACGUCGUUAUCUAUCACGUCGUGAUAGGGCGUCCGCCAGCACAUUCUCUGGCCCCGGCACGUACAUAAUCUCGAAGUCAAAGCUCGAGAUUUUCUCCACCCAUCGCGCUUGGCGGCCCGACAGGUUAGGCUGGCUCAACAG